CCGAGCCCACAGGGCAAAACCCAUGCCUCGUUCGCCUUCUCCCCAAUGCUCCCCCUUCCCCAUCUUGUCGCCCGUCACCGGUGAUCUCGCCGCCGCAACUGCACCACGCCCGUCUCCGCCCGCCGUCCUCCAACACCUGCCACCCGUGCUCCCGAGCCACCUCUUCGUUUCUUGAUCUACAUCGCCGCCUCGCAGCCGAUCGCCAUGCCAGCCUCGGCGCCUCUCCCCGCCGAGCCGCCGCCGGCGGCUGAUUCACCCUCCCAUGCGGAGGCGGAGGCGGAGGCGGAGGUGGAGGCGGGCGGCUCGCCCUCGAGGGCUGCGUCGGUGGGGACGGUGAACUGGGGCACGGCCACCCUCGUCGGGGUCUUCUCCGGGCUGCUCUACGGCGGGAGCAGGGAGGCCACCGCCUCCGUCAGCAAGGAUGCAGAGGUGAUGAUGAAGAUGGGAAGCACCACAGACAAGCGUGAACAGUACAGAUUGAUGAGAGAUGCAAUGGAGAAAAGGUUCAUCCGGGUUGCCAAAGGCUCGCUAGUUGGCGGUGUUCGCCUUGGGAUGUUUACUGCGACUUUCUUUGGCAUACAGAACCUUCUUAUUGAGAGUCGUGGGGUACAUGAUGUCUUCAACAUAGCAGGAGCUGGCUCAGCUACCGCAGCUGCUUUUGGGCUUAUAUUGCCAGGUUCAAUGAUGUGGCGAGCAAGGAAUGUAUUGGUUGGAUCUGCUCUUGGUGCUGGAAUCUGCUUUCCCCUUGGUUGGAUACAGUUGAAGCUGGCAGAAAAGGCCAAUAUUGAGAUUGCAAGUUCAAAAUCAUCUGAUUUGACAGAGGAAAAUAAAAAUCAAAGCCGUGUGGGCGCUGCUAUAGAACGGCUCGAGGGCAGUCUGAAGAAGUAACAUUUACGCUCAAUGCCAUUUUCUCUGUGUUUGUUCCAUAAAAUGUAGCAGUUCCAAGAAUUGGGCUCCACUGACUUAGUGUUGCCUUUCUUUUUCUUGUUUUGUCUGUACUUCUCAUCCUAAUGUUAUCAAGAUUGAUGUAUGGCAGUUUUGAUGUAGAACACGACUUGCUUGA